AUUACCUACGUCACGUGACACAGAAAACAUCCAUGGUUCAGCCGGAUUUGACAACUGGAGAUACUUAUUUUGUAGGACAGGUCUGCUCCUCGGGCAGUGACAGGAGGCUCAGGAGGAAUGGAUGGACUUUCUGUGACGAUGACGGAGGCAGUGUGUCUCGGGGCCAGCCUUACCCUCUCAGGCGUCUGCUACUACCUCUAUAGGAAGAGCCGGACGACACUAGAUAAACUUGAUGAUGCUCCACACUUCACCAUAGAUGACAAACUCAAAGACAUUUUAAAAGUUACUCCAGGAGCGUGUCUACAGUAUGCUGUCAUUGAAGGUGCUGUGCAACCAGUGGGCGAGCCUCUGACAAGCCCCUUCCAAAAAGAAUUUCUCGGAGUGUUGCAGAAAUUCAUGUUGAAAGAACACAGGCUGGUGUGGAACAGCCUUUCACGCACUUGGACGGACAAUGAACGAGUCUUGCACCAGAGAGUGAAUGCAGUGCCCUUUGUGUUAGUGGGGUCAAAUGAGACCGUCGUCAAAGUCCUGUGCCCUCUGCAGGCCUCUGGACUGUAUAUGGAGACCACCCAUGAGAAGUUCCACCAGGUCAAUUAUGGCUUUGGUGACAUCAUAGGACAAUACCUCAGUGGAGAGAAGCUCAAAGGACAACUGGAGACCGAAGAAAUGCUCAAAGUUGGCGCAACUCUUACUGGCAUUGGUGAGUUGAUACUGGACACGGACGGCACCCUGAAUCUCCGACCCCCUUCGAAUGGCUCACAGUACUUUUUGAGCAUUACGGACUUUGAAACCCUGCGGGGAGAACAAGAGAGCACGUCUGUUAUAUGGAAGGCGCUGGCCAUCACUUUUUCUUUGGCAGGGGCAGCCGUCCUCCUCUGGGUCGGCCGACGCUACUACCAUCAACUAAAAGUUCGCUGGGAGCGGGAGCAGGAAAGGAGGGAAUUUGAGAGACUACGGGCUGAAGCCCCAAGAGCACAUGCUCCAGUGAUGGGCCGCGAGGGCCCUCAAGACGGGGCAGAAGAACCCUUAGAGAAUGCCUGUGUGAUCUGCCUCUGUCAGCCACGGAACUGUAUUCUGUUGGACUGCGGGCAUGUGUGCUGCUGCCACAGCUGCUACCAGGCUCUUCCACACCGUCGAUGCCCCAUAUGUAGACAGGACAUCAGUAGAGUGGUGCCUCUCUACCACGUCUGAAGCACUUGUGUCGUCACAUGACCUCAGUGGAACGUCACCCCUAUACAAACUGUACGAACUUUACACCUCAAAGGUCUAACGUGCUGCACUUACACCUGAAUAAAGGCAAAGGUACCUCUCUGAAAAAAGUACUGUAAAGAAUGAAUAUUUUCUUUAAUGAAAAGACUGUAAGUGUUAAAGAAUGUGAAUGGUAAGGGUAUUGUGUAAACAUGUUGUUCACUACACAGUUUCAGUGAGGUAUUUUAUCUGUAAUUGUAUUUGGGAAAUACAGGAAAAUUAAGUAAUAGGUAAAAAAGGGUGUGAGUUUAUGCAACAAAGAUGUUUAUUUUCAUACAUGUUUAUUCUGUGCCUUAUUUUAGUAAUUUAUAUGGCUGCUGCUGCUGUCUUUGAGUGAUUGAACUGUGUGUAUCUGAAUAACUUAAGUUUGGUCAAAAUGAGUUAAAGGUGCUGUGUGUAACUCUGGAGAAAGAUAGUGGAUUAUUGAGUCUCACUCCCAUUUUGUCAAGUACGCUUUGAAUUGGUAGUCGGACCAAACCACCAACCCAAAGAGUCUGUAUUUGACAAGCUGGGAAUGAGACUCGACAUGAGCUAUCUUUCUCCAGUUACACACAGCACUUUAAGCUUUUGUUUCAAACACUUCCAUUUACAUAUUUGAGUCACAGGAAGUUAUUGAAGCAAAGAUGAUGAAGCUUUUGUGUGAAUUGAGGCACUACCGACAGGUGAGAGUGUGUAAAAUGUUGGUGUGUUGAAACAAAUCCAAUAAAGUGUCACUCUUUUAACUCUUUGUGCAGCGAAUUGCACUUACCAUCAAUA